AUGGAGGUGUCAGACGGUGAAAACGAGGAAACAGGAUCUUCAAGAUCGUAAGAUCUUUGCAAGAAAGAACUUGAAACGAAUAAAGUUUUCAGGCACACUCCUCAACCGUCCACAUCUUCUACCAAAGUCAUUCAACCUGUCUUUCUUGUUGUGAGUCCAGAGAACGUCGACACUGUUGUCGACAAACUUCAGAAGAUUCUGAAUCCAGCAGAUAUCAGUCUGAGAAAAGAAGGACCCGUCCCCUCCGUCCAGAUGUCGUUUAUGAAUCAAGAGGUUUCUCUCAUACUGAGACCCAUUAUAAUCUUCUUAAUUUCAGCAGAUUCCCAUGAUUGAAAGUGCAGUCACUUCCAAUUCGUUUGCCACACAAUACGACUUGGAACCGGCGACAUUCUGUGAGCGGGGAACAAUGAUGAACAACGAGGAACCGCUGAGUUUUUUCGAUCCGCCGUUCGGAGAAGAGUUCGGGGACAUGGCUCUCACGGAACAGAAGUAAGCCCCAUACACCCCGAUUUCGAUCCACUCUUCCAACUUCCGCAAAGAAAUAAUAGUUGUUUACGCGCGCCAGCUCCUCUGUAGCAUUCCCAUCUGAAAGUAAAGGAAAAUGUUUUCGGAGAUGUGCCUGGAGAAUAUCCUUGUUUAGGGCGCAACCCCUUGAUUAGAACGAACGCAUGUUUUUGAAAAUAUCAUCUGCCGAUUACAAAGAAGUUUUUCCAGGAAUUCGAGCUAUGGCUUCUCGGUGCCAUCUACUUCCCAGCCUCAAACUCGCAGCUUCGGAACCAUGUUCGACAAGUAAUCGAAUAGCCGUCCAAAAACUAGUACAAUUUGGUUUUCAGUGUGGAGACGUGCAACACGGGCACCUCGAUGAUCGACGAGUCGUACGUUUCGGAAUUCCUGCGGGACAUCGAGACGCAGACGCCGAGCUACAUGAUCCAGCGAGGACGGCCGGAGCAGUCUCAGCAGUCUUCGGACGAUUGGUCGUGGCGCAUGACGGAUGGCAACAUCUGA